GUUGGUGCACUUAUGGAGGCUUCAUUCGGGCCAACCUUCGCAGCUGUGGCUGCUGGAGCUAAAGCAGAAACAUCCAGCACUUACAAACAACAUAGGAGAACCCCCUCAUCCUCUAGCACCUUGACCUACUCCCCUCGGGACGACGACGAUGGAAUGCCACCUAUUGGAACUCCACGAAGGUCAGAUUCAGCCAUCUCAGUGCGAUCUCUCCAUUCGGAGUCCAACAUGUCCCUUCGUUCCACUUUCUCGCUGCACGAAGAGGAGGACGACAUGGAGCCCCAGGUAUUUGCAGAACAGCCGUCAGUAAAACUGUGCUGCCAGUUGUGCUGCAAUGUUUUCAAGGACCCGGUUAUCACCACUUGUGGACACACUUUCUGCAGACGAUGUGCCUUGACCUCAGACAAGUGUCCAGUGGAUGCAGCGAAGCUGACAGUUGUAGUGAACAACAUUGCGGUUGCUGAGCAGAUUGGAGAGCUUUUCAUACACUGUAAAUACGGCUGCAGGGCCACUGUCACUGGUGCAGGUGCUGGCGGGGCCUCCAACGCCACUGCGGCGGGGAAGCCCGGGGCACAUGAGGUGGACCCAGUGGGUUGCCCGUUCACUAUCAAACUAUCUGCACGCAAAGAACACGAAACCAGUUGUGACUACAGGCCUGUCCGGUGCCCUAACAACCCCUCCUGCCCCCCGCUGCUCACAAUGAACCUGGAGGCGCACCUCAAAGAAUGCGAACACAUCAAAUGUCCUCACUCAAAAUAUGGGUGUACUUUUAUUGGUAACCAGGAUACAUAUGAAACACACCUGGAAAUGUGUAAAUUUGAAGGGCUGAAGGAGUUUCUGCAGCAGACUGAUGACAGAUUCCAUGAAAUGCAGCUGACUUUAGCUCAGAAGGACCAAGACAUUGCUUUCCUCCGCUCAAUGUUGGGCAAACUCUCUGAGAAAUUAGAUCAGCUAGAAAAAAACCUGGAGCUCAAAUUCGACAUGCUAGAUGAGAAUCAGAGUAAACUGGGUGAGGACCUUAUGGAAUUUCGCAGGGACGCCUCUAUGCUCAAUGAUGAACUGUCCCACAUAAAUGCUAGACUCAACAUGGGCAUCCUGGGCUCAUACGAUCCUCAGCAGAUUUUCAAGUGUAAAGGGACAUUCGUUGGUCAUCAGGGACCUGUUUGGUGUCUGUGUGUCUACUCCACUGGAGACCUGCUCUUUUCUGGCUCAUCAGACAAGACUAUCAAGGUAUGGGACACGUGCACUACCUACAAAUGUCAAAAAACCCUGGAAGGACACGACGGCAUCGUGCUGGCGCUCUGCAUCCAGGGAAACCGUCUCUACAGCGGCUCUGCAGACUGCACCAUCAUCGUGUGGGACAUCCAGACUCUUCAAAAAGUCAACACCAUUCGUGCCCAUGACAACCCCGUUUGUACACUGGUUUCAUCCCACAACAUGUUAUUCAGUGGCUCUCUCAAGGCAAUUAAGGUCUGGGAUAUUGUGGGGACUGAGUUGAAGCUGAAGAAAGAGUUAACCGGGCUGAAUCACUGGGUCAGAGCACUGGUGGCGUCCCAGAACCACCUGUACAGCGGAUCAUAUCAGACCAUCAAGAUUUGGGACAUCCGUUCCUUAGAAUGCGUUCACGUGUUGCAGACAAGCGGGGGUAGUGUCUACUCUAUCGCCGUCACCAAUCAUCACAUUGUUUGUGGCACCUAUGAAAAUCUCAUUCAUGUUUGGGACAUUGAGUCCAAAGAGCAAGUGCGCACACUGACCGGUCACGUGGGGACCGUUUAUGCUCUUGCCGUCAUCUCCACACCUGACCAGACCAAAGUGUUCAGUGCCUCCUAUGACCGUUCUCUCAGGGUGUGGAGCAUGGACAACAUGAUCUGCACCCAGACCCUGCUCAGACAUCAGGGCAGCGUCACAGCUCUGGCUGUGUCCCGAGGUCGCCUAUUCUCUGGAGCGGUGGACAGCACAGUGAAGGUAGCGUAG